AUGGCACAUAAAAAAUCUUUGGAGGCUUUGGACAGAACCUUAAAAGAUCUACGGAGCAAUAAUAACCGAUUUGGUGGUGCAAUGAUUUUAUUAGCAGGAGAUUUUCGUCAAACAUUGCCGGUGAUUCCACGAUCAACGCCAGCUGAUGAACUCAAUGCAUGUCUAAAGUCCUCCAGUUUGUGGAAACAUGUCAAAGUACUUCAUUUAAGCAAGAAUAUGCGUGUCGAGUUGCAAAAUGACCAAUCUGGAAACAUAUUCUCUAAACAACUCAUUGACAUUGAUGAACUUAUUCAGAAGGUGUUUCCAGAUGUUUCUCAAAAUUACAGAAACCAUGAUUGGUUGAGCGAACGAGCUAUACUGGCUGCAAAAAACAUAGAUGUAAAUGAAUUAAAUUUCAAAAUUCAAGAACAAAUUACAGGCGAAUUGAUGAUAUAUAAAUCAGUUGAUUCGGCUACUAAUCAAGAUGAUGUAGUCAACUAUCCACCGGAAUUUUUAAACUCGCUGGAUUUGCCAGGAUUGCCACCUCACAAUCUUCAAUUAAAGGUUGGAUCGGUGGUUAUAAUGUUGCGAAAUAUCAACCAACCGCGUCUUUGCAACGGUACACGGUUAGCGAUAAAAAAAUUACUAAACAAUGUGAUAGAAGCAACUAUACUCAAAGGAAAGUAUAAAGGAGAAGAUGUUCUCAUACCGCGCAUCCCAAUGAUUCCGACUGAUGUGCCAUUUGAGUUUAAACGACUACAGUUUCCAGUGCGUCUUGCUUUUGCUAUGACUAUAAACAAGUCCCAGGGGCAAUCAUUAAGUGUUUGUGGUAUUAAUCUAGAAACCCAUGUUUCUCACAUGGUCAAUUGUAUGUUGCCUGUUCCCGUGUUGGAAAACCAUCAGAUUUUUAUCUAUGCGCCAGGAAUAAUGUAUGAUGGAUUAUCUGAACUUGCUGACUUAUCUCUACAGUUACAAGAACGGAGUUUGUCACUUUCAGGAGCAAACAAGUGUGUAUUACGUACAAUUAGAAUAUUUGAUUCAAUGGCAAACACUUUUGGACCAAGAACACAAGAAGUGUUAAAUUCUGAUUUAGAUGUAUUAGACCCCAAUAACUGGCCAGAUAGUAUUGACAUUCAAUAUGGUGAUGAUAGUGUUAAAAGAUUGGCUAUAAAGUUUCAUUUAGAUGAAAAAUGUACAAUUCGAGGAUUUAGAGAAUUUAAAGACUUAAAAGAUUCUUCAAAAAUACCUACUUAA